AUGAAAUUCUCUGUCUCCUCGUCCUUGGCUUUGCUGCUCCUUCCAGCUCUGACAGUCGCGGCCGCCGACGUCGACUCGACUCGGCAACCAAAUUCUCGCCUAUCAAGUGAAUCAUCUGGUGUGGAUGCGCGAUACGUCGAUGCUGAGCCCGCGAUAUAUGACACUGCGACCAAGGGGUCCCUAGAUGUCCCAGUCGACCGCAUGGACGGUAAGCCGCAUGCUGGCCCCUGGGUGGAAACCACUGCGGACCGCGAUCGCAAGACCAAGAGCAACGACGGGACAGGCGCUGGGUCUGCCAAAGACACCUUCAAGGCUUCCUCGGGCAAUCGUCCCGGCAUCGAGGCCGAGGCUGCCAUCCCGAAUUCAAAUGGUGGGGUCAUGGAUGACCCAAGCCGGCCUGGGCCCAAAGAAGGCACGAGGGGCACUGAGGGAGGGGUAUCUGAGAAGGAGAAGGUCAACCAGGCCAAGUCUGAGAAGGUACCCGGCAGCCCCAAGGAGGCUACCACUGCCUCACAGCGAGAAGCAAAAGCAGUCAACCGACAGCGAGUCAAUGGGUGGAAGCGCCGGGCGCGGAAACCUGCCGAUCUUCCUACCAAGCCUCACGAUAUUCCACACCCAAAGUCUCCUUCUCAGGCCAAAGAAGAUCCACUCGCUGUUCAGAAAGGCUCCCCAGUCUCGGGAUCCUAUUCCAGUUCCAAGAUCCCUGGUCUGGCGACAGGCGAGACGACAGUGGGUGCAAGCGAUGGCCUGCACUCCUUGCUCUUCUCCUUUACGAUGAUCAUUGUGUCUGAGAUUGGCGACAAAACCUUCCUUGUCGCUGCCCUCAUGGCCAUGAGACACCCGCGUUUGGUUGUCUUCUCCGCCGCCUUUUGUGCCCUGUUUGUCAUGACUGUGUUGUCUGCUGUUCUCGGCCACGCUGUACCUACCUUGAUUCCCAAGUCUGUCACGAAGCUCAUGGCCGCUGUGCUGUUCCUGGUCUUUGGCGCCAAGAUGUUCAAGGAAGGUCGUGAGAUGUCUCCGGACGAGGGCGUGGGAGAGGAAAUGCGCGAGGUUGAGAUGGAGUUGGAGGAGAAGGAGCAAGAGCAACGACGCAUGGGUCGUCGUCGCUCGUCGGUUACUCCGCAUUCGCUGGAAGCCGGUCGUGCUGGCGGCCGCGCCAAGUCGCGGGGCUCUUCCAAUCGUCUUCCUUCUCCUCCCGAGAGCGUUUCUUCCUCGUCCUCGCGUGGCUCUUCGCCAACCCCGGGUCGUCGCUUCAACGAUAUGAUGAGCGGCGUGAGCAAUCUCUUCUCCCUUCUGCUAAGCCCCGCCUGGGUCCAGACUUUCGUCAUGACCUUCCUCGGCGAGUGGGGUGAUCGCAGUCAGAUUGCUACAAUUGCAAUGGCUGCUGGUCAAGACUACUGGUGGGUGACUGUCGGUGCCAUCACCGGUCACGCAAUCUGUACCGCUGCGGCCGUCAUUGGCGGUCGAGCUAUUGCCGGCCGCGUGAGUCUGCGCGUUGUUACACUUGGUGGCGCCACCGCUUUCUUUGUCUUUGGCAUUAUCUACCUCAUUGAGGGCCUGUAUUAG